AAUUCAAUCUUGGGUUGGAUAUGCUGAUAAGGACCCAGUUCAGUUCAGAUCAUCCAUUCAAUAUCUGCAAGCUGAGGUUCAUUUUUAAACUCCGAAAUUUUAGUCAGUUCAAUUAAUUCAGUAUUUUGGGGUAAACCAAAAAAACACACAAGAAAAAUCAAAGCGGAGAAAAUGGAUAUCAAUGCACAGGUUGCCAAAUACUUGGAGAAGAGCGGGACCGCGAUACGUGUCCACAUAAGGUCCGAUACGGAGCUGUGGCACAACUCGAUUGCCUAUCAGGAGCUGAUCAACUAUAUCAAUCGGACUAGCAACGCGAUUCAGGGCUUGCAACGGCAGGAGACAUCCGGCUAUCGGAUUAGCGACACCAUGCGACAACUGUGUGGCAUCUUCGAUCGUCUGCUCGCUGAACUGACCGCAUCUGCUCCACUGGUCAAGUCGGGAGGGGCGUGUGUUAAGCAAUCGUAUCGAAAUUGGUCGCGUCAAAUGUUGCGCAGCAUCUUCAAUAUGCUCGAGUCGGCACUGCCGAAGAGCAAGUGCGAGUAUGUCGGUGAGCUGGGUCAGUAUUUGGCCGGAUCCUUUGGCAAUCAGAUGCGCAUCGACUACGGCACCGGUCACGAGCUCAGCUUCCUCUUCUUUUUGUGCAGCCUAUUCCGGUCGCAGAUAUUACAGCCAGAGGAUGAGCCGGCGGCAGCACUGUUGCUCUUCCAUCGCUAUCUGUGCUGUGUGCGACAGUUGCAGUUGCAGUUUGACAUGAGGCCCGCUGGCAGUCAGGGUGCCUACUCGCUGGAUGAUUAUCAGUUUGUUGUGUAUCUGUGGGGUACGGCACAAUUGUGCUACAAUCCACCAUUCGUGCCCAAUCAGCUGCUCGAACCCCCUAUCUAUACGCAGUGGCGCAAACAAUAUUUAUUGGCCGACUGUGUGUCACAUUUGGCUCAGACAAAAGUGGGCAAUUUUUGUGCACACUCCAGCCAAUUGUGGAGCAUUACGGCGCUCUCGUCGUGGUCGCACAUCUAUCGUGGCCUGCACACCAUGUACCUGGACGAGGUCGUCAGUCAAUUUAAUUUGCUGCGACACAUCUACUUUGGCCCAUUGAUGCCCUUCGAUUUCACGCCACCAGCCAGCCAAUUGCAGCGCGUCCAGCUCGUCCGUCCAACGCACUCGAGACACAGUCAACAGCAUGAUGAGGCAACAGCCACAGAUUCAGAUGCACAGCCUCAGUCUGUUAAGAUCAAGCUGCAAGAUUCACGCACCAUUGGCUGGAUGCUUAAAAAAUAAAACCUACCUCAGCAGGCAAGAGAGUGUACAUAAGUGUUUGUGUGUGUGUGUUUGUGUGUGUGUGUGUGUGUGUGUGAGUUUCAAAUCAACCAGAAAUCGAAUCGAACGAAUUGAAAACAAAUAAAAUUAAC